GUGAAACACCUGAUGGUCAGUAAGAGCUCAUUGCACCGCUGAGCUAGUGAGUAAGCUGCGCAGUUUAGAGUAAAAAAGGGCGCUUUAAAGCGAGAAUUAACUUCUCAGUCGUCUGCGAAGCUAUCACUAGAACGUAAGCGAUCCACAAAUAUACCUCACUGUUGAAUUUUCUUGGAGAUUCAUCUAAUGGGGCUUUCCUCAUAGUGAUUAUUGAUGUCGGGAAAACGCUUACGCACUUGGGGGCAGCAUUUAGUCUUCACUGCUGAAUAUUUGGAACACGUCACCGGGAAACAGGCGUUCGGUGGCUCAUCUGUUCGAGUUGUCUUCGACUCAGGCGCAUAAAAAGCAUCGGGUUUUCAUCGAUCGCGUAUUGCUACCUUUCACGCAAAUUCUUAACCUGCAUAUCCAGCUGAUAACACUAGUCUAGUUUGUGUGCGUGAUUCGAACUAAGAAAGAAGCGACGAUUUACUAUUAAGGAAACAAAGGUAGCUACCAUCCUUAUAUCGGGAAGUCCACGAUUUUUUUCGAGGCCAUGGUGCUGAUGACAAUGAUUGCCCGUGCGAGCGAUGGCAUGCCACUGUCUGCCUCAGUUCAGGACGAUGAUGAGUUGCGCCGUGUCAACACCGAGUAUCAAAAUCAAGCGAAGAUGCUGUGUAAAAAACUAGGCGCUACUGCAAACCAGCGCUCAACAAUUGAGACAGGCAACUACUAUUUUCAUUAUUUAAUCGAGCACGGGGUAAUCUUUCUGACAUUGUGCGAACGUUCGUUUAGCCGCAAGCAAGCAUUCGCUUUUCUUGAAGACAUCUGCCACGAGUUCCUACAAUAUUACGGUAACGGUGUCCAAAACGUACAAAGGCCAUACGCAUUUAUCGAGUUCGACACGUACACACAGAAAGCCAAAAAAAAUUACCAGGAUUCGCGAGUGCGUCGAAAUCUUGCUCAGCUCGGAAACGAACUCCAAGACGUGCAGCGGAUCAUGGUUGAGAAUCUGGAUGAUGUCUUGCAGAGGGGUGCCUCGCUCAGUGAGCUCGAUUCGAAGGCCACGAACCUGAACAUGCUCAGCCAAAAGUACAAAAAAGAUGCAACCACUCUGAACAUGCGCUCCACGUAUAUGAAAGUUGCAGCCGGAGUCACUUUGCUCACGAUUUUGUUUGUCUAUUUUUAUGUGUUCUAAGCCGAUAAAGAGAUUGGCGGCUCGAUAGGUAUACCAAGCAUAUGAAGAGGGAAACAGCGUGUUGCUAAAGUUUUAAUCUAAGAACUAGGGAAGACACAGUGACUUCAUGAGAGAACAUCUACAAUGGACAUAUUGGCCGGUUGCUAAUCGCAGUUGGAAGGUUGCAUCGACUCGAUACAAUAUUUUUUGCUCUAUAAAGUAUGUGUAACGAUUUAGAAGAAGCAGAAAAAUUAAGAAAAGUGCUACAGUAAAAUAUUUGAGAAUUUGAUGAGGAUUUUGAGGGAAGUCUAUUAUAACGACGUCGUUUGCUCCGUCAUUUACGAACCGUACAGAUAGAUGAAUUAACGUUACAAUUACGUAUCUUACAACAUGCUAAUGCCAUGAAUCGACAUGUAACUGAGAAGUAAUUCUAAGCCCUUUGCUUAUUUAUUCUGAUGAUAUGGUAUGGUAAUCUUCAUUAAGGUAAGCCCGUUUUCUUUUUCAUUGGGUCAUGCCUACAUCCAAAUUAUUUUUGUCAGAUUGAAAGUAGUUAGAAUAUGCAAUCAUUAAUGACACUAACUGCAAAUUGUGUAGAGGUCUUAUGCGACUCAUCAUGAACAACGUAACUCAGUGGAACGUCGGGUGAGGAAUUAGGUCGAAAAUGUUACCUUUAUUUGAAAACAGUGGGGUAAUGGAACCGAACAAACAGCAAUUUUGGUUUGGGCAGAAACAGUAGUAGACGAUAUCGACGCGAAUGCCUUUGGAAAAGAACGAAAGGUGUGAAAUCCAUACACCUACCGUAAGUGUAUGUGUUGCGAACGUUGCGGUGUAGUUGAAUCCAAACACCGAACAAUGUAAAUAAAUGUUGCUAUAUGUAGAUCGAAACAGAAUUUAUU